AGACGCGCGCCCGGGCGGCGGGGGCUCCGCGGCCGCCGCUGCCUCGGGGGAGCGAGGGCGGGAGGGUGUGUGUGCGCGCGAGUGAGCAGGGGUGCCAGUGGGGCUGCAGCGGCGGCACUUCGGAAGCAUGACUCUGGAGUCCAUCAUGGCGUGCUGCCUGAGCGAGGAGGCCAAGGAGGCCCGGAGGAUCAACGACGAGAUCGAGCGGCAGCUCCGCAGGGACAAGCGGGACGCGCGCCGGGAGCUCAAGCUGCUGCUGCUCGGGACAGGAGAGAGUGGCAAGAGUACAUUUAUCAAGCAGAUGAGAAUCAUCCAUGGGUCAGGGUAUUCUGAUGAAGACAAGAGGGGCUUCACUAAACUGGUGUAUCAGAACAUCUUCACAGCCAUGCAGGCCAUGAUCAGAGCUAUGGACACCCUCAAGAUCCCGUACAAGUAUGAGCAUAAUAAGGCUCAUGCACAAUUAGUUCGAGAAGUUGAUGUGGAGAAGGUGUCUGCUUUUGAAAAUCCAUAUGUAGAUGCAAUAAAGAGUUUGUGGAACGAUCCUGGAAUCCAGGAAUGCUAUGAUAGACGACGAGAAUAUCAGUUAUCUGACUCUACCAAAUACUAUCUGAAUGACUUGGACCGCGUAGCUGACCCUUCCUACCUGCCUACGCAACAAGAUGUGCUUAGAGUUCGAGUCCCCACAACAGGAAUCAUUGAAUACCCUUUUGACUUACAAAGUGUCAUUUUCAGAAUGGUCGAUGUAGGAGGCCAACGAUCAGAGAGAAGAAAAUGGAUACACUGCUUUGAAAAUGUCACUUCAAUCAUGUUUCUAGUAGCACUUAGUGAAUAUGAUCAAGUUCUCGUGGAGUCAGACAAUGAGAACCGAAUGGAGGAAAGCAAAGCACUCUUUAGAACGAUUAUCACAUAUCCCUGGUUCCAGAACUCCUCAGUCAUUCUGUUCUUAAACAAGAAGGAUCUUCUAGAGGAGAAAAUUAUGUAUUCCCACCUAGUUGACUACUUCCCAGAAUAUGACGGACCCCAGAGAGAUGCCCAGGCAGCUCGAGAAUUCAUCCUGAAGAUGUUCGUGGACCUGAACCCAGACAGUGACAAAAUUAUCUACUCCCACUUCACGUGCGCCACAGACACCGAGAACAUCCGCUUUGUCUUUGCUGCUGUCAAGGACACCAUCCUCCAGUUGAACCUGAAGGAGUACAAUCUGGUCUAAUUGUGCCUCCCUUCCCUUCCCUGGUGGGCUAUUGAAGAUAUACAAGAGGGACUGUAUUUCUGUGGAAAACAAUUUGCAUAAUACUAAUUUAUUGCCGUCCUGGACUCUGUGCGCAUAUCCACAGAGUUUGUAGUAAAUAUUAUGAUUUUAUUUAAACUCUUCAGAGGAAAAACAGGAUGCUGAAGUACAGUCCCAGCACAUUUCCUCUCUAUUUUUUUUUUAGGCAAAACCUUGUGACUCAAUCUAUUUUAAAUUUUCAGUUAUGCACUCACAAAGAGUCAGUCUCCCCUCUCCUCCCUCUCCUCUUCCCUCUCUGCCUCUCUCCCUCUCUCCCUCUCUCCCCCUCCCCCCCUUUUCUAUUGAGCAAAAUGAAGCUGAUUUUCCUUUUUCAUAAUCCAUAUCUUCUCCCUGAAUUUUCCCCCCAGGUUACAACACACAACAGCCUUUAUUCUGGCUCCAUUCUUUGUCAAAUUUUUCUCUGGAAUGAUAAUCAGGACAUUGUCAUUCGAUUUAAGCCAUCCUACAUCAGCUUAAUCUAACAAUUUUUAGUAUUUGCUGAAGGAUUAUAUGUAUUACUACUAUGGUUCUGUAUUGUGCUCCAUACAUAUGUAGUGUUUCUAUAUUAUUGUCUCACUUUGGACUGGGAUAGUGGAUGCCCGUUGAACAGUUAAGCAUCAUUUCUUUUGGGUUUUGACCUUCAGCUGCAUUUUAAUUGCCCAAAAAAAUGCUCAGAAGUCAGAGGGCUGGGCAGACAUACACACUGGGAGUCCUUUCUUUUGAAAUCCAUGUGCCAUUGUCCUUCCUUCCUUUCUUGCUUUUCUUUUUUUCCUCUCCUCAUCUUCUUUAACUGUUAAUUGCAGAUGCCAAAAAAUAUGCCAACACACACUACAUUCCCCCAAUGGCUGCUACCCAGGUUCUUCUUUUCAGAGGUUUUUCUUAACUGUUUAUUUAGCUCCAACUUUUCCUUUCCUCUUUUUUUCCUUUGUGUUUGGGCCACAAUUUUAAAGUGAUUUUUAUUAUGGGUAUGUGCUGCCAAAGCUGGCCGUCAAAUAAAAUGAAUUAAAAAGAGCUUAAUUAAAGCCAGCAUCUUCAAAUGUAAGCAAGUAAGACUGUGAACUCUAAGAUGACUGGCUGAGAAUGAACCUGAAAUACCAAUUGCCAAACAGUUGGUAACUGUAAAUUUGACUCUCACAGUCCAUUCUUUUCUUUGCCCUUAAGAUUACAUUGUUUAUUGUCCAUGUCCCACAUUGAUUGUCCAAAUCAGCAGUGUAGAAAAGUAUCCUUUGUGCUUUAUCAUGAAAUCUGCUUAUGUUUCUUUGUUUGAAGCCAGUUUUACUUACUCUUUAUGUUCUUUAAAUUCAAGUAAGUUUGCCAAGAACAUCAGUUGAUAGUAUUAUCCUGACACCUUUAAUUUGAGGAAAAAAAAAAAGUGACUGCUAGUUUACCAUAUUCAGGGUCUUCUUGAGAUGGUGACUGGUUAAGUUGAACAUGAAGAAAAUUUGUGUAUUUAAUUCAAAAAUACCCUCUCAGUGUUCCGUUGAACAUGUAUUUAUGUAACUGAACCUACUAGGAGAGAUGUUUGGAAUUCUAUAUGUGCAAUUUUUCAGCAAAUGCAAGAAAUACAGCACAUGUAUCCAUAAGCUUCUGUCAAGCAGUCUAAGUUGAAAUGUGAUUUAAGAAAAUAAAUCAUGAUUGCUACAAAGCUGCUGGGAAGCUAGAAUUAGCCCAUGAUGCUGUUCUUGAUACUACUUGGCACUAGUCUGAACUUCUAUAUUAAUCAUUUUUUUUGAGUAACGAAGGGGAGAGGGAAAAUUAACAAUUUAUUAGAUGAGUACCAAAGUUACUCAGUAGUAAUGAAAUAUUCUUAUUCUUCACUCUCCCAGUCUCAAAACCCACAGGUUACUCUUUUUUUCCUUGCUCAGAAAAGCGCCUGUAAUUUAAUUAACAAACAUUCCGCCUGUAGGUGUAGUGCAAUUACGAAUGCUCUUAAUCAUUGUACAUACAUCUCUUGAUAUUGCAGCAUCCAUACUGGCUUUGUAAUCAUUAAUUUUGGGGCAGAUUGAAUGUGCUGUAUUGAUAUGUAUCUAUGUAAUUGUAUUGUAUGUCUUAUAGCUAAUUCACAUUUUGAAUAAUGUUAUUUUAUUUACUUUUUUAAGAGAGGAGAAUGUAAAUUUGUCAGUUUAUUUCUGACUAGGGAUAUUGUUUUCCAUUUAGAAAAGAAGAAAAAAAACCUUACUAUCAUACAGAGCGGUACUAGCAUCGUGCUGUAUAAAAUCAUUUGCACAUUCCUGAGUAGAGGUAUACUGAUUAUAAGACCCAAAGGUAAUUUCAUAGCAAAAUACAUAAAAUCAGUUGGACCUUUUAUACAAACAUGGAAACCAACUUUGUAGAACUUUUGCCAUUUGAUCUAGGAUUGGAAUAUGAGCUUUUAUACAAUUCAUAUUCUUAUUUGGCAAAUGCACAGUUUAGUAUUACCUCUCUGAUGGCCUUUAUUAGAAAGGCAGUUUUAGAAGCUAUUGUGAUCCAUUAAGGAGAUGUUUUAACAGCUAGAGACCACUGCUUGCCUGAAAGGGCAAUCUUAAAUUUGGUGCAGCAAAAACAAAGACAAAAAAACAAAAAACAAAAAAAAAGAAAAGAAAAAAAGUAAACAACAUUUGAUGGCCUACAGUGUGUAUAGAGAAAACCUCAUCACAAGAUCAUAAGUGUUACAGUUUUAGGGAAUCAAGAUAUUCUAUUUAAUAGAGCUAUAGUAGAUGUAGUUGAUUAAACCUGAUCUCAAAGCUCAUAGGAGCUGAGCAAAACAGGGAAAGAUUGUUAUAUUUGUCUUUAUGAAAUUGGGAUGGAAUUUGCUAUGCAGAAUUGAGGUUUGUGGCUUCACUGCUCAUCCUGGGGUGCAUGACAGGAUCCCUUCUUUUGAGAAAGGAAAAAAUUGAUCACCCUAGCUGCAGCGAUGCAUAGAAACCUAAUUGUAUCCACAUUAGUCAAUUGAAGCUAAAGGAUUUUUUGUUGUUUCUUUGGGGUUUUAUUGAAAGGGCGAGGGGUGGGAAGGGAUUCUUUUCAGUUUUGUAUAAAAACAAAGUUUACUCAUGCUUUCUCUUCUAUUGUGAUUGCAAGCGUUCUAAGCGUGUGCUGCUGGACUCUUGUUGAUGUUCUAGGUAAUGGAGGCUUGUGGCGAAUUUUAUGGUGAUGCACAUGUCUUACUCAAAACACAGGAACCUUCCUUCAGUAUGCCAAGGCAAGCAGCCAUUUCAUGACUCACUGAACACACCUCAGUGUACCAGUUUACAGAUGAUUUUUCCCUCUUUUUUUGUGUGAUGGGGCAGUUCCAACCCAUAGAGAAUUCCUUAUUUGUAAAUUGGAGGUUUCUACUAUAUGCCUUACAGAGCUUAAAUUCAGAAGUUUGUGCCUCAUAUCUGAAACAAAGGGAAAUAACACGCCCAUUCAAAAGUCAGUAAGUCCCCUCGAACUUGUGGGGUUUUGUUUUGGGGGAUUUUGGUUUUUGAGUUCUAUUUUUUUCUUUCUUAAUAAUGACAUAUAAAGAGCUCUGUUCAAUAUCAUAAGUAGACUGGAAACAAAAUUUAGGAAUCUUCAUAUGUUGUUUACUAACAGAUGUCAUUUACAAAAGUUAUUCAAAAAACAUCUGAAACUUUUUUUUGGUAGAUUAUAUUUAAAAAGGAAAUUCAGCUAAAGGGCAAUUUACUUUUUGUACUUCAGACUAUCUUGAUUGUCAAAGUGUAUGAACUGUAAUUUAAAAAUCUAUACUGCCAUAUGAUUGUAAAUUUUAGUUGUCUUAAGUUAGGAAUUGGUAAAAAGCUAUGCUGGAUUUGGGUCAGAAUAACUUCAUUAUUUGCAAAAAAAAGUUAAAAAUAAUGGGAAGAAAGGGCUGCAUAAUGAGAUAUUGCAAGAAUCACAUAUUGGUUGGAAAUUCCCCUUGGAUUACCUUCAGAUUACCCUCAAUUUCCCUUUGUUUUCAGUUUCUCAAAAAGAAUUAAUGAAAUGAAAUAUAGCAGAAUGUUAACCCAUAUGAAAAUAAAGUGUACCCAAAUAUUGUAUAUUGCUGCGCUUCUUAAAACUAAGGGUUUAAGAGUCGAUCCCCGGUACCAAAAAAAAACAAAGGGUUUAAAACCACUUAAUUGGUCAUUAACAUCUCAAAUGAUAAAAUAAGAUGUGCUUGGUAUAUGCAUUCAUAUUUUCUCCCAAAGAUAUUCUUUGGUUAGAAAUACACACAAAAAUUGAAACUAGUAAUUUUGUGUUUAUCUCUCUCUACAUAUUUCCAGCAUAUGUAGCACUAAUAGAUCUGUCCUGGUACCCGUGUCUUUGGGAUUUCAUUUUGGUUCCAUCAAAUCAGGAAAAGAAAUGGCUUAGGUAGAGAUUUUUGGAGCCAGACACCUGCUGGUUAGUAGAUACUUAGUACAGUCUAAACUUGUCAUUUGUUUUCUUAAGAAAAUAAACCAUUUCCUGCUCUAUUUCCAACUGCCACUGCCCUUUCAGUAACAUCCUUGCCUCUAGAAUCUUGUUAAAGUAUGCACACACACCUCGUACACAGUAGGUGCUCAGAUAUUAAUUUCUUUCUUGCCCUCAUCUACCACAUGGCCUCCAUUUCCCCACAAUUCCAACCCAACAAUACAUGGUAUUUACAUAUUAUGAAAAUAGCUAUUGGGUAAAUUUGGAUCUUACUUGGGUAAAGAAAUUUUGACUUUCAUAGAAGCUUUUUUUUAGGGAAGAAUAACAGGGAGGAAAGUAUUCUUCAGUAGAAUACUUUUAGGAUUAGAAAAAAAGAUGGAAAAUUACUGUGUAACUUUGUCCAGGUUACAUUGAUUGAAACUCAUUUUCAGUGGAUUUCUUUUCCUUGAAGAAUUCUCUAAAUGCAGCUUCCUGCUGGAUUCCUCAGCCAUCAUCAUGUUGGAAACCCUGACUAGGCCUAUGUAUUUAGGGAGUUUUGUCAGAAAACAUUUUUAACUUGCAGUAUUUAAAUGAAUCAUAUUUACUGUUCUUAAAAUGUCAUUCAAAUGCAUGUAUUGUCUAUUGUUUGGGGAUGGGAACUAGUUUUGCAAAAAAACACACCUUAUGUUGUAUAAUAAUGCCCUAAUGAUCUUGCUGGUUAAAAAUACAGUAUUUUUGGCCAUAA